AUGAAUCAUUGUUCAAUAGUUUAUUCGUUUUCUUAUUUUCUACUGACAUUUAUAUUUUUUUUAAUUCAUCGCACAUACGCCGUUCCACCAUCGUUAAAACUCACAAUAUCACCGGAUAGCAAAUAUAUAGAGCGUGAUACUGAAAUUUCUAUUUUGUGUGAACUACGGGAUCCGACAGAUAGUGAUGAUAAACCCGUUUUAUACUACGUUGAUCCACGCACACAAAAACGAACACCUGUAACACGUGCAUUACUCAAUGGUAAGGUUGACAACAAACAAGAUAUACCAGAUUUAUUCCAAAACGUGGAAAAUCGUGCUCGAUAUCGGUAUGAAGGUAAAAAUCAUAUAAAAAUCACAAAAGCACAAGUGAUUGAUUCAGCCGUCUAUGAAUGCGAAUGUCCUGACUGUGAAGCACCGCCGAAAAAAGAUCACAAAGAGUUUUUCAUUACAAAAUAUGUUGAACCGCAAUUAUCUGUUACACCCGAUCCAUUAAUAGAAGGAAAUCAAGCUAUAUUUCGAUGUCAAGUUGAUGAAUUUUAUCCUUACACGGGUUUUGAAGUAUUAAUUCACAACCACAAACACGCUGAUAAAGCUGAAGUAGUCAAUAGUCCGAAACAUGUGUUUGAACAAAAUUUAAAAUGGAAUGCAUCCUUACCAGUUCAAGCUGAUUGGCAUGAUCAUUACUUUGAAUGUAUUGUGAAAGAAGGUGAAGUGAGCAAAGUAGGUAAGAAGAUAAAAUUAAAUGUGUUAUUUAAUCCUCGAUUUGUAACGUGUAAUGACAAACAACAUAUUGACUUGAAGAAGAAUGAAGAAACAAAUGUUGAACCUCAAAUUGAUUGUACGUACAGUGGUAAUCCAAAACCAAUAAUCGAAUGGCAGAAAGCAAGUUCUGAGAAACUUGUUGAUACAAAUAAUAAAGAUGGUAUCACUAUCGUAGAAGAAGCACUUCCAUUUGGUGUUUAUAAAUCUAUUGUUAAAUUUAAUCGUCAGAAAUUAGACGAACUUCAAAGUGUAACGACAGAUGGUGACAAAAGUUAUUUUCAAAAAUUAAUUGCCGAUGGAUUUGUAGUUAAACUAAAUUCAAAUUUAACAAGAAUCAUUACAAUUGUAGCCACUGAAAAAGAAGCAGCAAGCAGCAAACAGAUGGAAAGCAAUGCAAGUUUGUUAUCAAGAUAUAACUGGCUAUGUUUAAUUGGAUCGUCUCUAUUAUUAUUAUUCAAAUUAUUUUUUUAA